AAGGGCGCAGCGUCCUUCAACUUGACAGUAACCCACUGGCAGUCGCCGAACAAAUAUGGACAAUCAAGCUGUGGAGCUUAUUCUCCUCGAACGGGACAUUUUCCCAAAUGUCUCCGAGAACAUCCUGCUGCUGAACAACUCGUUCAUCCUGGAAAUGUUCUCCAGGAUAACGCAGCUUUACCACUUCAAGAACUUCAUCUUCUACAUAUCCGAGAGGCUAGACCUCACGAACAAGAAUUCGCAGGAGUUCUUUCACGACUUCUGGACCUACUUUCCCUUGGCACCCAACCUGAUAAUCACGCGGGAGCACCACGUGGCCACACCGAUGAUGCAGUUCAUCAGCACCCCCUCCCUGGUGAUGGUCUUCACUACGGGCAAGGAGGAUCCCAUUAUGGAGGUAGCUGCGCAGAGUCUGCGAGGGAUUCGCUGGCUCAAGACGAUAUUCAUUCUCUUCCCCAGUCUUGAAAGUCGGGAGAUCGACUCGAAUCCGGAGGCCUUCUUAAAAUUCUCGGAUGGAAUCAAGAGCAUCUACGAUUGGGUGUGGAGACAGCAGUUCAUCAACACCUUGCUGGUCACCAUCAAGGACAGUGUCUUCGAGCUGGAUCCCUAUCCCACACCCUCGGUGGUCAACAAGACGGGCGAAUGGAGGGCUGAGGACUUCUUCCAGAAGUACGCCAAGAACAUGAAGGGCUAUGUGGUGAAGACCCCCAUCUUGUACGAUCUGCCGCGGGUCUUUAAAUCGGAUCGGCCCACCAACAGGUACGAGAAGAACUACGUUCACGGCACCAGUGGGAACUUAUUCCUGGGAUUCCUUGAGUUCGUCAACGCCACCCUCUUGGACACCAGUGUCAAUAUGACAGUGGGCUAUUUGAACAUCACAGACCUGCUGGACCUGGUGGCCCAGGGAGUGUACGAGACCCUGAUCCACUCCUUCACCGAAAUAACGUCCAAAUAUGUGGUCAGCUACAGCUAUCCCAUUGGCAUCAACGACUGUUGCAUCAUGGUGCCCUAUCGGAACCAGUCUCCCGCGGAUCAGUUCAUGCAGGAGGCUCUCCAGAAUAAUGUUUGGAUACUGAUCACCCUAUUCACACUGUACAUUGCCUUGGCCAUUUGGUUGUGUUCCCCCCUGAGACCUCGGGACCUCAGCGCCGCAUUCCUACAGUCCAUCUGCACCCUGACCUACAGUGCGCCCACCUUCAUCAUCCGGACGCCCACGCUGCGUAUGCGCUAUCUCUACAUUGUGCUGGCCAUCUGGGGCAUCGUCACGUCGAACCUGUACAUUUCCCGGAUGACCAGCUACUUCACCACUGCCCCACCGCAGCGACAGGUGAACACGGUGCAGGACGUGGUGGAGGCGAACCUCAGGAUCAAGAUGCUGGCCGUCGAGCAUGAAAGGAUGGCCAAAUCACCGGCGCAAUAUCCCGAGAGCUAUAUGCGCCAGGUGGACUUGGUGGACAAGCACAUGCUGGACCUGCACCGCGACCCAUUCAACACCUCCUUUGGCUACACGGUGAGCAGCGACCGCUGGCGCUUCCUGGACAUGCAGCAACUCCAUCUGCGGAAGCCAAUCUUCCGACUAACCGACAUCUGCGAGGGCCCCUUCUACCACGUCUUUCCCAUGCACCGGGACUCCCACCUGCGCUCCCCCAUGACCGAGUACAUCAUGAUCGCCCAGCAGGCGGGCCUCAUGAACCACUGGAAGCGCGAGGCGUUCUGGGAGGCACUGCAUCUCCACCGCAUCCAGGUGCACCUUUUCGACGAGGAGCCUGUGGCCCUGACCCUCAGCUUCUUCGCCAGCGUUCUGCGCACCUGGACCUUCGGACUGAUCCUGUCCGGACUGGCUUUUGCGGCCGAGAUGAAGUGGCACGAGCACGUGACCCUCAAACGCCGCCCUGUCAUCGCACUUUCCCGGAAGCCUAGGUCGUUCCUCCGGCGAUUCAUGAAGCUGUGGGGCGGAGAGAGCAUAUGAACCUAAAACAAGUUAAAUAG